GGCACUGAAGAGUUAAGAACCAGCUGCUUCAUCAAGCAAUGUCAUCUCCACCAGGCCCCAUUCACUUUUUCCAGAUUGUUAAUGAAACCAGCCUUCAAAAUGGUGAAUUGAGGAUUCGCAGAAGUUUUGUAAGUGAACAUUGGCAAGGAAUAUCAAGCCCGGUAUUACUUGUGCUUCCUAAUGGUUCCGAAUGGAAGAUGGACUGGGAAAAGCGUGAUGCUGAUGUUUGCUUUGUUCAAGGUUGGAAGGAAUUUGCAGAGUUUUAUUCUUUGGAAAAGGAGCAGGUUUUGAUGUUCAAGUAUGAAGGAAAGUCGCGGUUCAAUGUUAUAAUACUCGGUCGGAGUGGCUUGGAAAGAGAGUAUCCUUUGUUGAAUGGAACUCUUGAAGCUGAAGGGAGUGGUAACUCUAAAAGGCCAAACUCUCCGUUGCGAAAAAAGAGAAGAACCAACACAGAAGAAGAAGCUAGAUUCAAUGAAUAUUCUCAUAAUGCAAGGCCAAGGGACAGAGAUGGAAGGAGAAUCUUCUUAAAAUCUGAGGCUUCUAACAAUGUGGAGGCACCAAAACAUGCUGAAAGUAGUAGUGCUUUGGAGAGAGCCCGGGCCUUCAGUUCUAAGAAUCUUUGGUUCUAUCGCAGAAUGAGACCAGCGUACAUCAAUAACUAUCUUCUGUUCAGAGCAGAAGAUUAUGUAACACAAGAAGAAAGAAAGGAGAAUGAGUUUCUCAGUCUCUGGGUUACCGAUGAGAGUAGACCAUGGCAUGCUAAGAUCUCGAAGCAUGAUAAUAAUGGACAGAUAAUGCUUACUACGGGUUGGAAGCAAUUUGUAAGGGACAACAACCUGAAACUAAAUGAUGUUUGUGUUUUUGAGAAAACUAGAAAUUCUGAAGGACUUUCAUUUAGAGUUAUUAUCUACCGUGCCACGCAAGAAUCAACCAAUAUUCCAUCUCAAGAUGGAGCAAACCAAAGCAACCAAACCAAUGUUAGAAACAGUUUUGCUGAAAGGGGCCAUGAAGGAACUUCAAAAGAAUACUCAAAAAAUUACAAACGUCGCGGACGUGCCAGCAAAUGGACUGAAGAUCAGUUCACUAUCGCCUUAAAGCAAAGUCAGACGAAAAGAAGUGCGCACAUACCUUAUGGCUUUGCCAAAAAAUAUCUACAAAAAGCAAAAGCUUUGACACUGCAGAUUGGGAACAGAAUAUGGGAGAUUAAGCUAGACUAUUAUCCACGUCAUUCCUAUGCCAGAUUAUCUUCGGGAUGGGACAAAUUUGUUAAGGAUUGUAAUCUUAAGGAAGCAGAUGAAUGCACCUUUCAGCUGAUAGAUAGGGAGAACUUUGUAUUUGAUGUUAGAAUUUUAAAUUGCAUCAACUGAAUUCUAAUUACUAGUCAGUAAUACUUAGUGUACAAAUCUUAUUUCUUUAUUUUCCUUUUUCUUUUAUUUUUUUAAAUUUAUUUUUAUUAUGUAAAUAGACAGUGAUCUCUGUUUAAGAACAAUGAAUUGAAUCUUGGAGCUUAAACUCAUAUCAACCAAAUAUAUCACAUUCUCCUAACAAUAAUUUGAAUGAUGGGAUAUUACAAAAGAGUGCCUAAGACAUGGCCAACUGUUUGAGCAUAAGCCACAAGCUAAAAGGAUAAUUUUGUCUUAUUAGAAAAAAUGGGAUGAUUAUGAAUGUUAUCCUUUGCUAUUUGGCAUUGUGAGGCUCAAGAACACUCACAUAGCUUCAACUCACCUCUUCCUUACACCAACUCAUGUUAUCUAAAAGGGUACCAAAUUCUAUGUCCACUCAUCACUCUUAUCAGCUAAAUGAGCCAACCACGUGGACCAAUCUUAUUGGUCAGGAACACAUUAGUAAUGUGCAGCCUUUCAUACCAGAUUAUCAAAGUGCAACAUUAUAGUAAAGAAGCUAACUCAAAUUUCAAUGUAGUGUGUU